AUGAAGGGGCUGCUUUCAAAGGAGUGGAAAGGGCCCUGGGUCCUGGCCAAGCUCUUGAGUUACUUUAACAGGACCUGGGUAGGCCUGGUCAGUUCUGACAAUAGCAACUUUGAGUGGCUGGAGCAGCAGCUGCAGAAGCAGAUUGGGGACGAGGGUGGCUGCGUGGCCUUCUCAGAGAUCAACAGUGUAGAUGACAGCAUCAACAGCAUGGCGAACAUCACCACCCAAACGCCUGCUGCCAUGGUCAUCAUCUAUGACUGCUACCGUUUUCACUUCAGACUCCUGGUGGGAGCCCUUCAGGGAAACAAUGUGACUGGAAGGACGGAAGGACGGAAGGACGGAUUUCCUGUUGGCGCUGUGCCCAGCCCCGUAACCAGGCAACAGUCUGAUGAGGAAGCUGUGGGAGGAGCUGCAGGGAUGCAGGGGGUCUGGAUUUGGGACUUCCAUCCAAAGUGCCAGAGAAGGGGCUUGGCAUCGCACAGGGCUGGAGAACAUGACCACUGCCCACCUAUCUGCCUUCAAACUUCUGGAUCUAACUGCCAUUUACCAAGCCCACCUGGCAGCCAAAGCCCUGUGGGUCGCCUAUCCGAACUUGAUGUCCUGCUGUCCAAGAGAGGGACCGUUCCUGGGAGGCACGUAUGCCAAUGCGUGGGAAGCCAGGCCUUCUCAGCUUUAUCCAGGUGGUUUGACGCUGCUGCUAAUAAUGGUGAUGACAUCAAAACAGCCAAGGGCCUUAGAAAUCUGCUGGUCCAACACGAAGCAGAGAGAUCACAGAAAAAGAGAGGCAGAGCUGGAAGAGAAUGCAAUUGUCCUGACAUCCAGCCACUACAUGCCAAUGCUAACAUGCAACAAAGACCAUAUGAGAUUCACAGUAGGAAAGAGUUAACCACCAAGUUAGAAAACUGUGUGUGUCUGGGGGAAAUGAAUAGACAAACAGACAAAGGAGGGAGAUUGGAGCAAGAAGACCAGGUUCAGAAUCCAGAUAGUGUUGUGUGUCAGAAGUGCUCUGACAACCAGUGGCCCAAUGUGCAGAAGAGAAAGUGCAUCCCCAAAACCCUUGACUUCUUGUUCUAUCACAAGCCCCUUGACACGGCAUUGGCUGUCUGCACAGCCCUGCUCUUCCUCCUUGCCCUGGCCAUCUUAGGCAUCUUCAUCUGACACCACCACACUCCUAUCAUCUGAGCCAACAACUGCCAGCUCAGCUACCUCCUGCUGUCCUCCUUGGCCCUCAGCUUCCUCUGCCCCUUCAAGUUCAUUGGCCACCCAGACCCCAUCACCUGUGCUGUGCACCAGGCAGCCUUUGGGGUCACCUUCACGGUCUGCAUGUCCACUGUGCUGGCCAAGACCAUCGUGGUGGUGGCAGCCUUCCAUGCCACCCAGCCAGACACCCAGCUUAGGAGGCAUGCCCAUAGCAAAGACACCACGGCCGUGGAGGUCUUUUUCAUCUUGGCAUCAGGAGGAGGACUCAUGUCCUCCCUCUUCCUUCCCAAAUGCUACAUCAUCCUUCUCCAUCCUGAAAAGAACACAAAAGACUAA